AUGAUCAUAACUGCCAUCCAGGCCAAGAACAACUGUGCUGGCUCCUUGUGCCAGUCCAUCCAGAAGUACAUCAGGAGCCACUACAAGGUGGGUGAGAAUGCCGACACCCAGAUCAAGUUGUCCAUCAAGCGACUGGUGACCACCAGGGUUCUCAAGCAAACCAGAAGGGUGGGUGACUCUGGGUCCUUCCAGUUGGCCAAGAGUGAUGAGCCUGAGAGGACAGUGGCCUUCAAGAAGACCAAGAAGGAAGUCAAGAAGGUGGCCAUGCCGAAGAAGGCAGCCAAGCCCAAGAAGGCUGCCUCCAAAGCCCUAAGCAAGAAACCUAAAGCCACCCUUGUCAAGAAGGCCAAGAAGAAGUCAGCUGCCACACCCAAGAAAGCCAAAAAAAGCCCAAGGUUUUCAAGGCCAAGCCAGUCAAGGCAUCCAAGCCCAAGAAGGCCAAACCAGUGAAGCCCAAAGCCAAGUCCAGUGCCAAGAUGGCCGGUAAGAAGAAGUGAUGAGGAAGCCUUUUCU